AUGCCCGCCGGAGUGUCCUGGGGCCAGUACUUGAAGUUCCUUGCCUGCGCCACGGCUUCCAUGAUGGCCGGAUCGCAAGCAGUUCACCUGUACUAUCGGCCACUGGAGGAUCUUCCCCAAUACAUCGAACGGGAGCAGCACAGCACACAAGUGGAUCCCACAGCCAAGCCUCCGGAUUCUUCAUAAAACCUUGUUAUUGACAACUUGCUGGUCAUUAAAGCUAAUUAAGUUUGCAGACGUUAGAAGUCAGGAAACUUCGACUUAAUCACUGUA